AUGGGGCGUAGAUCAAUUAACACAACUAAAAGUGGGAAGUAUAUGAAUCCCACUGAUCAAGCUAGGAAAGAGGCCCGCAAGAGAGAGCUUAAGAAAAAUAAAAAGCAGAGAAUUGCUGUUCGCCAUGCUGUUCUCAAGUCAAAAGAUCCUUUACAAUUGCUUGAAGAAGCAUCAAUGUAUGAUAAGCAAGAGUACGACCCAAAUGUCCAGUCAUCUCUGAACGAACGUGUAUUACAGGGGAAACGCAAACGUCUUCUUGAAACUUUUGAUAACCUCGUUACUUUGUAUAAAAAAGAGGAUCCUGAGUACGCUAAAGAUUUGCUUCGGGCUAGGAAGGAUUAUGACAAGCGUAGACAUGACAUGAUGCUUUACUAUGAACAGGUCAAACUCGCUGAGAGAACAAAAGCAAGUGACAUACCUCUUCCAGACCUUCCACCAUCGCAACUCGGUUUGCCUCCCUCGGAAAUACCAAUGCCUAUGGGGAUAUCUAUGUCAUUCACGAAGGGGAUACUAAAGAAGCCACUCUGUAUACCUGGACCCCCACCGGGAGCAGUUCCGAUUGGGCGAAAACCCCCCGGACCACCAUCCCUUCCCAUUCCUGAUUUGACUGACAGCGAGUCGGAAGAUACCGACAUUAGACCUGAUCCUACAAAGCAGCGAAGGAUUCGAUUUGUCGAGGUUGAUUUACCUUUUAUGUGCUCGUUCAUUCUCACAAUCGAUGAAAUUUUUAAUGAUGUUCAAGCUUCGGGAUUUUUGCCUGGUCUUCCGACGUCGCAAAUACCGCUGCCUCCAGUGGGUGCGGGUGUACCCGGUUUUCCGGGUGUUGUAGCGCCCGGCUAUGCCUCUGCUACAGCGAGUGGUGCCGUGCUGUCGGCACCGCCGGCGAUGAAUCCCUUGCCACUACAUCAUCUGGAGUCGGUUGCGGGCGAUGCGGGUGUCGGUGGCAGCAGUGGAACGACGAUCGAGGCGAAGCCGCAGCUAAAGAAUUUGAUUGGCGACGCGACGCGCUUUGUGCCCACCUCACUGAAGGUGCGUCGUACGGUGAAAGACGCUCGGGGUCGACUCAUUCAAGUCGGUGGUGGCAUAAACUCCACCGGAAUUCGAUUGGGGAGUAGUUUGUCUGCUUCUCAGCGGCUGGGAAGUGUUCCUGGAGGGUCGCUCGGUGUGCCUGUAUCAACGGUGUCCUCGAAGGCCAACGCUACGAAUAAGGAUGCAGCGUACGAGGAGUUUAUGCGCGAAAUGGAAGGACUAUUAUAA